AUGAGCACGCCCUCUACAUCGCUGCCGCCCAAUGCCCCCAUGACCAACGGCGUCGCCAGCGGCCAUGGAGAAGCAGAUGUAACCGCAACUGAAAACUCCCAGAUAGACUCCGGCGGCGCCUCGUCGCUGCAGAAUGUCUGCGCUGGAUUGCAUGCCCAAGUACAGGCAUUUCUGUCCUCUUCGCCUCCAGACGAAGUGACCAAGCGCACGCAGGACCAGACUCGCACUGCGAUGGGUGUGGUAGAAAAGGCGCUGCGGGAUUAUCAGUUCGAACAUGUUUCGCUGUCCUACAAUGGCGGGAAAGACUGCCUGGUGCUCCUGAUCCUGUAUCUCUCGGUGCUGCACGCGCACUUCACACAACAGCAGCAACUGCCAGCAGCGAAGAACAACUCGCGGAAGACCAAUAGCGAAGCAGAGAUUCCCUUACAACCAUUCCCUCAGUCCAUCCCCUCCAUCUACGCCAAACCACCCGACCCAUUCCCCGCCGUGACCAGUUUCGUGGAAUACUCGGCCCGAGUAUACCACCUCGACCUAGCACAUAUAUCGACGAACCCAGGACCAAACAAGAAACAGCGCUCCCACUCGAACCCCCCACUGACACACCCACCGCCCAAGUUCAACGACCUACAACAAAACCAUGAUCUGCCAGAAGCCAAACCGACUAUAUCCUUCCGGGACGCCUUCGCACUCUACCUCGACGCGAACCCGCAGGUGCAUGCGAUAUUCGUGGGGACGCGGCGGACGGACCCCCACGGCGGGCACCUGACGCAUUUCGACGCCACGGACCAUAACUGGCCGACAUUCAUGCGUGUGCACCCGGUGAUCGAUUGGCAUCUGGAGGAGAUUUGGUGUUUCCUGCGGUCGCCGUACCUUAAGGAUCUGGAGGAUGGUGGCCCUCUGCGAUAUUGUGCCAUGUAUGAUGAGGGAUAUACCAGCCUGGGGGGCGUCAAUGAUACGGUGAGGAAUCCACGUUUAAAAUAUCAUGAUGAGAAAGGUGAGGAGCGGUAUCGUCCUGCGUAUGAGAUGAAGCAUGAUGAGGGCGAGCGCCUGGGCCGCGAAUAG